CUGCCUUCAGUUCUAUCUAACUCUGUUGCGUCUCUAGCAGGCCGAUUCCUCGUCCUACUCCUACCAAGGUGGUAGAGCUAGGAUCACUUGUGACUAUGACAAUCGCCGUCGCGACUCACGCAUCAACAUGGAAAAAGUACCUACUUUUGUCUCGAAUGAAGUGUCGCUCUCAUCGUCGCUUAAUCUUAUGAUAAAUGGUCGAUCUUCUUGGCCUUCUUCAAGAGUGUAUCUAUGUGUAGCAGUUUUCUAGAACAUGACUCCGCCAGCACCAGACGCUGGUUUGAUUUGCUCUAUCGUGGAACACGUGCUCGGUCUUGAUUAUGUAGCAGCACACUCUAUUUCGAUGUAGUUCUCGCAUCGCAACCGCAAAGACUUGGUGUUUACGUAGUUUCUCGAGUUGGGAAUUUUCGGACUCCCUCGUCGACGUCUGUCGUCGUGUCACUGCGUCGUUGCUCGGGCGAAAGCGCAAUUCGCGUGUGUGUUUUCAGCAACUUUGACAGAACAGAGAGGCUCUCAUAAUCCAACUCUUGCUUCUUUGUCAUCUCAAAAUCUCAUCGUAGCUUUUCCCGUUGAUAGGCUUAUUACUGGGGGAGAAAGUCACGUAGCACAAGAGCGUUUUUUAAGGAGAUAGAUUAUAAGAUUGACAUUAGUUUGAAAAGAAGCAAAUCUGAAAGCACAAAAAACCGUGCUGACUAAGACAGAAGAUAUUAGGCGCACAAGUCCAGUCUUUUCUACUACAGGAUCGAUUCGGCCGAGGACAGUCAUUAUCUAGCUACAAGAAUAGUGCAGCUGAGGCAACAUAAUUGUCAUCUCACUCCUAACACGACCAGGACCGGGGCCACUGCUAAGGGAUGCUUGAGGAGAGUUUUCCUCAGUAGAUAGCUCUGUGAACGUAAUUUUGCCUAGCAAAAGGUAGCUCUAGCUACUUCUGAAGAGGUGAAGGGUAGAGGACCACUUACUUAGCUAAGUACUACUCAGUGGCAUUCCCUGCCGAUCUCACGUUGUAUGUACUUAGGUGGAACAGGAAUCCUCCGAUUCGCAUGAUGUCUGUACGAAAAUAGAGGGUGCUCAAGAGCUUCUUAGAGCAACACCUUUUACAGGCAUCUCUCUAAGUUGAGUUCAGUCUUGUGUAUUUUCAGUUUGAAUUUUGUGAUUAUAGGAGUCGCGCGUUGUCUCGGACCCCAGACAUCAUCAAGGGUAAGGUUUCAAGUCUACAAAAACAAAACUAAAAAGGGGCGAGCUAGUAGCCCGUACUACAGCAAUUGUUACUAUGUAAAUAUCAUAGUCAUACAGAUCAUCAAGGAAGUGCCAGUAGGUUGUUUCUUGUGGAACUUCACGUGCCGAGGUCGGAGCAGGCUGCAAGAGAACCCGUCUACGGGGCUGCUGUCUGCUCGUAGAAGUGACCCGGGAAAGCUUUUCCGCUUGUGGCUUGACACGCAAACGCUCGCCCAUACUCAGAUUCAGAUAUUCGGGAGUUUCUCUCUUACGUAGGUAAUCAACGCACACAACUAUUUCAAGUCGGUUGUGGCGGGUGUCAUCUUUGUCUUUUCUACUAAAGACUGUAUGAUUCAAGCUCCUCUUACGUAAAUGAAUUUUCUCACUGAAUGUCUUUGUUCCCUUGAAGUGAGAAAAAGUAUUGCGCGCGGCGGAACGUCUCUCUCCCCUUUACGACCACUUGAAUUUUUCAUCCGCCACAAGCACUCCCACUCGUCAAGUAGCGUAGUCCAUUUGCUUAUUAAUUUUCUGAUUUGCUUUUAUUACAACUUGGUGUUUUUAUUCCUGAUUUGGUACAACUGGACGUACAGUUUGAAAUAUCUAUGAUCCAAGAAAAAAUGUCCUGACGUUGACGAGUUGUGAAUCCUGACGUUGAGAGAGCGCGAAGAACCACAAGAGUGCUCUUCUCGUUGCCGCUGGUGCCGAGAUCACAGGCGUGGGAUAUUCAACAGCGGGAACAGCGCAUAUACGAGAACAACAGAAACAGCAGGAAGUUGCGUACUUAAACGCUCGUGUAGAAGGUGUACCUCGCUCACUCGUUCUCGAGAGAACGACGGCUACAGUCUGCACAAGCGUGGUCCGACAUCCAACCUCGUGGUGGUCGAGCAUCGUUAGCUGGUAUCAGAGGUUGUACUCGAGUGUACAACCGCCAGCUUCUUUUCACGGGCGGACCGGUGAAGGCAAGUUUUAGGCUGCCACGUUUCGAUCGUUUCGAUUGGAUUGUGUCUUCUCAGCGAAGAUGACGUUGACGCGUGUCGGACUCCGGGACGUGACAAACGCGGUACCACUCUUUGAGUUUUUAGCUUUCAAAUGAGAUCAGUCUAUCUUGAUGCUGGAAGUGAGUGUCAAGCUGCUGGUUUGAAUGACAUGAUUGAUGAAAAUGAGAAUGUAUGCCACGACGUCCGAGCCACAUUCAUGAUGAUCGGAAUCAAAUCUUCGACCUAUUGAUUCUCCCUUUCAGCCACCAGCGCAGCACAUAGGCGUGGCAAAAAAUGGUAGGAAAAGCGUCCAGAAAGCGCAACAGGCUGGAGGGAUUGCAAAGGUACUGGUGAUGCUAGAAUCUCCUAACGGCACAGUAAGUAUAUAUUUAUAAGACCCCUUCACAUGAAUAGAUUGUUCUUCCUAGUCUAUUUGUGCAAGGCUGCCUUGAACAUCCACGCAUCAAAAAAUACAGCCAUUGUCGCAGACCUCACAACCGGGAAAGUUUGAAGAUCAUGGGGCGACCAGUAGCAGCAUUAGCGUUGUCGACGCUAGUAGACCAACAACCGCGCCAGGGACAAUACCGCAGCCUUCCGCAGACGAUCCAUUAUGUCGUGUUGUCAUCAACUCUUGGUUAGUACUUACUUACCCGCAAGAUUUUUCCUUGAGCCUCAUCUUGCAUCGAUUGUAACUCUUGAAUCUGUAAUAUUUGAGUGCUUAGUUACGCGAAGUUUAAUUCCAUUGAUUUCUAGUUACCCCCCCUGUUUUUCCAUGCUCCUUUUCAUAUUGCCAGAACGCGACAGAGUACGCAAAGGUAAUUUAUGAGUACCUUCGGAAACGAGAAGAGGAUCCUACGCUGAGGGUGCCAAAUGCGAGUUUCCUAGAUGACCAGGCAGAAAUUAGUAGCAGGAUGAGAGGGAUUCUUUUGGAUUGGCUUGUAGAAGUCCACUACAAGUUCAAGCUUUCGCCGGAGACAUUGUAUUUUCUUUGCUUGCUUUUGUUGUAUAGAUACCUGACCGAGGGAUCGGCAUGCGGAUGCGCAUGGCUGAACCAGUUCGCGUCCUAAAGACGCGAAUAAAUAUGAAACAAAGAAGGGUCGAAUCAGAUGUUAAACCAAAGUCACAACUACAAGGCAUCCGGUCCCUGCUUUUGCUAUAUUUUUAGUCCUUUUUAGCAUGAUCAUCUUUUUUCGCACAACGCACUCAUUCAACAGGUAUCUCUGCAUUAAUCUUAUAGACCGGUUUUUGCACAUAGAUCGCAAGAUGCCGAGGAAAAAAUUGCAGCUUGUAGGCGGCACCUGCAUGUUAGUAGCGAGGUAUUUCAACUACAUAUGAACUGGGAUAGCAUACAAUCGGGCUGGGAAGUGCGAGCGAAAGAUUACUAGCCGCUUGCCAAUCUUUCUGAAUGUGUAGAAGAAAUACAAAAUUCUUCCUUUUAUGUACGUAGGUAACAACAAAGUAAAAGUAAUGAGAACCCUUUGCUCGGGAACCCCACUGACUGUACCUCCACUACAGCAAAUACGAGGAGUUUCGACCUCCAGAGGUCGGUGAUAUUUGCUACAUUAUGGACAACGCUUAUAGCAGGGAUGAAAUCCUUGAAAUGGAGGUCCGGAUCCUCAAUACUCUGGUACUCAUUCUUCAUCCAACUACUAAGUAUACUUCUGCUUCACAGCCUGGCAUAUGAGGAUUCAUGUUCCGAGUAACUCUUCGAUCGAUCCAUUGCGAUUUUCGAAACUUUGAUACUUUACCGAUUCUAUGAUUACACUACUUGCGGUUAAGACAUGCCAAUCAAAGAGUCGUGGCACUACAAGCACUGCUUGCGAGGCACAUGCGUUCAACACUCACUUAUUUUAGAAAUUCGAAGUUACGGUGCCUUCCGCCUUGCAGUUUUUGGAGUAUUACGUCAAAGAAGCGGGGAUAUCAAGGGCUGACGCGCAUUUCUUUCUGUGCCAGUAUUUAGUGGAGACGACGUUGCUAUCACCGAAGUUUCUCAAGUAUUGAAUUCAAUUUUCUUAGGCCAAGAUGUACUACACGUGAUGCAGAAGCUGGUGCGUUUUGUCUCUCCUUUGCUGCAAGCACUAUUAUCUGUCAAGCGCUUGUUCUCGACAUGAUCAUCAAUAUCACAAGGUAUAAGCCGUCCGAGCUUGCAGCGUCGUCGCUGUAUUUAGCGAAUAGGAUCAGGAAGGAAUAUAUCCCAUGGCCGCAAAAACUGUAUUCAGACGUUAUUGCUGAAUCAAUGUUGAUUCAUUUGAUUUCUCGUCACAUAUUUUUGUUUAUUGUUUUUUGCAACAAUCAACAGUUAGUUUUAUUUCUAUGCAACAACCUACAACCUAAUCCAAUCGUUAUUAUUUCUAUGCUUUUGCUUUUGAUAUUAUUUGGUAACCAGAUAAAUAUGUCAACUAGAGGUCGACGUCGAGGUGAGUAGUCGCAACAAAGGAUCAGUCUCCUCCUGGGAUCAAAGUUACGAACUUCUGAAGCCGACCCAAAUCUCUAGGGAUCAGGCGAAAGCGCAAGCGGAGUGAGAUGACCUAGCUCGAGAGCAUCGCGCUGCUGCAAUUGUUGCACCACAUUUCCUUCAAUAACAAUGGGGUUAGUAGUGUGUUCUACCUUGUUUGUUUAUUGAUUUUUGCAACAACAUAAAACUAGGUAUAACUUCUAGCUACAACAUGUAGAGUCAUCAUCUCUCAACAUGCACCCUACCAACAGGUAUGAAAUAACGAAAUUGAAGGAGCAAGAUUUUGUGAAACCGUUAGCCAAGGAAAUAUUCGAGAUGAUCCCGGGAUUCAAAGGGAAGAGUCUGUUCAAGAAGUACUCAAUGGAGAAGUAUGGCUCGGUGGCGCCGACAAUUCCGUCGCAGUAA